UUUUAGCUCAGCCCCUGCCCUGGGGCUGCAGGAGGGGAGCCCCUGUGAGAGCGGACUAAGGGGGAGGGGUGUGGCGCGCGCCUCUACCUCUGAGCGCCCCGCCUUGGUUCAAACGACCCGGCGGGUUGGUGGAGAGAGGAAGAGGGAGAGAAGGUAGCACCCUGCCUCCCUCCCAGUUCCAAGCCACCCAGCCCCAUGGUCCCCGCCGCCUGCGUGCUGUUCUGGGCCCUACUGCUGAGUCUGGGGCUCCAGGCGGCGGGGGCCCAGGACCAGACCCCGACUACUACCCCGACAGGGACAGGGACGAAGGGGGUCACCUUAAGCUUCGGGAGCCCAGCCCGCAGCCGGAAUACUGGCGGCAUCUCCCAGUCCAGUGUUGCCCGUAAGACGAAGAUAGUUCUGGAGGAUGAGAAUGACGCAGUGGCCACCGCAGAUCAUCUAGCAGGCCCGGCAGCAGCCGAGCUCCUGGCCACGGUGACAGGCAUGAGGGGGUCAUCUGAAACCGGCUUUGGUGACGAUGAUGAUGGGUCUUUGGAAGAGGGGGUUGUGAUUGAUGCCAGAAAGAAUAACACCAGUAUGGAGGGUCGCACUAUAGAUCCUAUGACAAUAAGUACCAGCACUUGGAGGGUAACAGCCAACAAACAAGAGAAGGAAAUCAGGAUGACCACAAGCCUGCCACCCGCCGCCGGUUUGCGUUCUACUGGGGAACUGAGCACAGAGGCCAUGAGCCGGUGGUCAACAGCUGGGUCUACCCCCAGCGGGUGGCCGUCAACCUCGCGCACAGCUAUGCCACCUCCUGAGGAUCUAAGACUAGUGCUGAUGCCCUGGGGCCCUUGGCACUGCCACUGCAAGUCAGGCACCAUGAGCCGGACCCGGUCCGGGAAGCUGCAGGGCAUUUCUGGGCGACUUCGAGUUGGAGCACUGAGACAAAUCCGUACAGAACAUCGGCCUUGCACCUACCAGAAAUGUCCCUGCAAUCGGCUUCGGGAAGAGUGCCCCCUGGACUCAGAUCUCUGUUCUGACAAUAGCUGCACCACUCAGACCACCACCACCACCACCACCACCACCACGGCCCCCAUCCAAACCAGACGCCUAACCCUUCCACCUCCCCCACCUAGCCCAGGUCUCGUUUUUUGGAAAAAAGUCAGAAUGGGCUUGGAGGAUAUUUGGAAUAGCCUCUCUUCAGUGUUCACAGAGAUGCAACCAACACACAGAAACCGGAGGUAAUGGCCACUUCAUCCACAAGAGGAGGUGUCAGCAUCUCAACCUCUCCCCUUUCAAUCCCCAGCACCCACUAGAUAUUUUUAGUACAGAAAAACAAAACUGAAAAAAAUAUUGUUUGUUCUUGUGUCUUUUUACAGAAGUACUUGAGGGAAGAGACCAUAAAUCUCUUCAAUCCUAAAACUGAACUUCAUUGCCUCUGGCUUGUUCCUCUACACAUGUCCCCCAGGAUAAAAUGU